GGGAUUCAGUCAAACGAUUAUUUUUGUGCCGUGAACAUCAAUGAAUGUCAACAAAGAUUUGAAUUACGUAUUUACCCUAAGUCGUCAAUGGCUAUGGAUAUUUGGCAUAUGGCCCGACCCACGUAUCCCUUUGAGAGAAUUCCGUCGGCCAAACAUAAGAUUCAUUAUCAUUGCGUGUACUGUGUGUCUGUACGUAACCACGCCUCAAAUGAUGAACGUGAUCCGUGCUUGGGGUGACGUGUCUCGGAUGGUGGAAAAUUUUGCUUCUGCGAAUUUCAGUUUGCUGGCAUUUUGCAAAUUGAUAGUUACCUGGUAUCACGGUGAAAAACUUCGGCCGCUGAUGGCAUCGAUCAUGGACGACUGGAUGACUUCGACGAGCGACUGGGAACGAAAUACUAUGUUGAAGAUUGCGAGACGUGGAAGAAGCUUAUCCUUUAGAUGUUGCAUAGCCGCAACGGGCACGAUUAUAUUUUACAUCUCUUUUCACUCGCUGAGGCUCUUUAAAAACAUACACGAGCCUCAUCGGCACCUCGUCUAUCGAUUGGAAAACAUCCAAAAGAGUCCGACUUACGAAAUCACCUAUUUCAUUCAACUUUCAGGUGGCACAUAUUCAGUACUCGCUAAUUAUACCAUUGACUGCUUUGUCUCGAUACUCGUGUUGCAUGUGUGCGCACAACUGAUAAAUUUGCGGACAACACUUAAUAAUCUGGUCAACGAAUUAGCCAGCAAAUCUAUAUCUUCCACAAGAUUUAGAGAAGGUAUAGCUGCGAUUGUUGAACGACACGAACAUCUCAUCAGGAACGCAAAGACGAUCGACGGUUGCUACAGCUCAGUGUUAUUUGUGCAUGUGUUAGCCGCUACUUUUCAGAUGUGUGUUAUAACUUUUCAGGUUUUUACGAUAAUAACUGAUAAUUUGAAAGUGCCUUUUGUUAGAAUGAUUUUCCUUACGUUUUACGUUUCCGCUGUGUUAACGAACCUGUAUGCAUAUUGCUACUCAGCUGAAAGACUUGUAGCGGAGAGUACCAAAAUGGCAUACGGGGUAUAUGAAUGCAAGUGGUAUGACUUACAAGCAAAAGACGUAAAAAACUUAAUGUUCAUUGCAUAUCGAUCUACGAUUCCCCUUAGAUUGACAGCUGGCAAAUUCGGAAUGUUUUCGUUAGAAAUGUUUGCAAUGACUUUGAAAACAUCAAUGGGAUAUUUAUCUGCAUUGCUAACAAUGAGAGAUUAAAAAAAAUAUUGGAAGAUAACGAAUUAAUUUCAUAUAACUGACAACGAUAUCAAUUUUUAAAUAAUAAAAUAAAAUAAGAAAAUAAAUAUAUAAGUUUAUAUGUACUGCCUGUAACAUCACUUGUGAAUUUAAAAAAUACACAUUUUUUUGCACUA